GAAAGAUUAAGAUAGUUAAAUAACUAGUCUCUUGACAAAUCCUUGACAAUUUUGCUAAAACUGAUUAUUAUGGCUAUCAUGAGGGUUGACUCAGUAUUGUGCCGGUGUCCAUGUUUACUUGCUAAUCGCCGGCGCGGGCGCCGAACGCCUUAGCUUGCUCAAGGAUCAUAAGUUGAAAUUAUGUGCUAAAAAUAUAUAUAAAGAAAUUAAAAUCAAUCCGUAAAUAUCUUACUAUAUAAGACUAAGAUCAUGGAAAUUGGAAAUAUAAUACUAUUGUGUGUCUUGGUGUUAUGUGCGUGUACUCCAAAAAGUUCGUGUUUAAAUUUAUCAUAUAAAAUUUCUGAUGAAGAUUAUUAUAAAUUACCAGAACUCUUCGCCUUAGAAAACUAUGAAAAAUGCUUGUCUCAAAAAGAUACAGUUUAUUGUGUGGGUACUUUUGAAUUACAAGCAUCACAACCUUCACAAGUCUUCGACAAAUUAAAGAAACUCACAGAAGAUACUAUUAUAAACUUUAAUCAUACAAAAAUAUAUAGAGGCAUUUGUUUAGGUAGCAUCGGAAAAUGUGCUAUUAAUAAAACAGUACCGUUAGAAAAAUCCUUUGAAGAUUGCAUCGACCAGGAGAUAAGAAAAGACUUCAGUCUUCGUGCUCAUUUAUCAGAAUUUGAUUAUUGCAAACAUCGAGAGGACAAAAGAAAAUUCGAUACGUUAGACCGAAUCUUUAUAUUGUAUAUUUGUAUAAUAGUACUCUUAAACUUCAUUGGCACAACUUAUGACGUGUGUCACAAGGAUGGAAGGUCAACAGGGAAUUCGUGGAUUAUGGCGUUUUCUCUACGCAAUAAUUGGAGAAAGCUAACAGAUAAUGUAGGAACAUCGGGACAGACUUUUCAGUGCUUUCACGGCAUGAGGGCUAUAUUAACAGUAUUAGUACACUUUGCACAUACAAUACUGGCGCUUAUUAUGGGUUUUAUCCCAAAUCCAAGAUACGUGGAAUUGGUACGUGACCGACCUGAGUUUCUAAUAUUAUUCAAUGGCACUGUUGUUAUUCAAACCUUUAUUGUAAUCACCAGCUUUUUAAGAACGAUGAAAACGUUUUGGCUAGCUGAUAACGGAAAACUAAGCUACAGCAGUGUCUUGGAGGCUGUUAUCGAAAGGUAUAUUAGAAUAAGCCCUUCCUUCAUUACCGCGGUUGGUCUAUCAGCGACGCUUGUGCCCCACUUAAGUGAUGGCCCACUCUGGAAGAAGCAUGUAGAAGGUGAAGCAGAGAUUUGCCGUACCACUUUUUGGCGUCAAUUGUUCCUUGUGCAGAAUCUCUAUCCACCCAGCUGCCAUCCUCAGGCAUGGUAUUUAGCAGUGGAUUUUCAAAUAUAUCUUUUAACGACUGUAAUUACCAUAUAUAUGGUCAGAAGAAAAGAUGAAAUUCCGAAAAUUUUGAUGCGUCUACUUAUGACAUCAUUAGCUUUAUUAUUUUUUAUAAUUUAUUUCCUGGAACUGAAGCCAAGUUUACAAAUAAUGAAACCAGAAAACCUUCUGAAUUCCUUCAAGUUCGAAAAGUCUUUUCACCUGCUUUAUCAGUCUUUGUGGGGCAACUUACCUUCGGCUAUCGUUGGUAUACUGACUGCAUGUAUUUACAUGCAUGUUAAAUCUUCAAAAUUGGAUCUGAAAAGCAAUAAGUUAUUCGUCUACGCAUUUAAACUGUCAAUACCUACAGCUUUUGCAUACGCUUUCUUGGGUCUUUUUUUGACGUUUUCUAUGACAUCACAUUUGACCGUGUCGGUUUACGCUACCAUGGAUAAGCCGACGUAUGCUGUCAUCAUGGCAAUCUUUAUUUUAGGAUGCAUCUUUAAGAUUGACGAUAUAUGCCGCAGCGUUAUAGAAUGGUCAGGAUGGGUAGUAUUAAGUCGACUAUCUCUUUCUGCUCUUCUAAUGCAUCUUAUAGUAAAUAUGGUCUUGGUAGCAAACAGACUGUAUCCUCUUAAUGCAUCUGUAGCAAAUGUAAUGGCGGACGGAAUUAGCGUGUCAGUCCUAACCUUCUUAUUUUCUGUGCCGUUAUGUCUGAUGGUAGAAUACCCAUUCAUACAUAUAUAUAAAAAGGCUACGGAACAAAAUAAAUCUCCAGCCGUAGUCGUAGCCAAUAGCAGCAGUAAAACAAAAGACAAUUAAAUUGAUGACGAACUCUUAAAACGACAUGGGGUAAUUAUAUGGCCAGGGAACACAUUGUUAAAAAUUGGAUACUUAAUUUAUUCUUUUGUAUUGAGUUAUGGAGUAUUUUUAUUAAAAUACAUUAAUACUU